CGCAGUGCAGUUGUAAAAUGCCGUUGUGCCCGUCCGGUCGGCGUCGCGUAUUAUUCCGCCGCAACACCGACGACUACGCGUCCGCCAGUUGUUGUAACAGUCGUAGCGACACCGGUCGCAGUAAUAGUAGCGGUGCCAGUGCAACUGCAGUCCGUCAGCCGCCGUCGUAGCCGUGUAGCAGUAAGGGGGUGCAGCGCGUAAAAUGGCGGCGCCGACGACAACCACCAACAGCACUGCCAUCAACGCCGCCGCGGACCCCGGCGCGUCGCCGGUCAACGCCAACGCGCCUUUGACGACCGCCGCCGGCGCUGCAGUUGCAGCAGUUGCAACGGCGGCAACUAACGUAUGGCCCAACACCAGAGACAGUUACGAACUCCGCGAAGUCAUCGGUAAAAUUCGCCUAUACUCGUAUACCAAACUAUUAUAAUAACGUUUCGCGCACUGUAACAGCCCAGUACGGACAGUACACACGAGAAUUAUAAUAAUAAUAAUAAUGACGAUGAUAAUAUACAACGUUGUAUGACCGGUAGUACCUAUGGGUUUUCGUGAUCGAAAUCGAAUUAUUAUUAUUAUUAUUAUUAUUAAUAUUCCACCGAUAUAUUCCCCCCACCGCGGUCCACCAGUCGACUAGCGUGCGUUUCCCCGUCGGGCCCCUUCCACGCCGUUGACGUUCGACCCCCCACUGCUGCCGGUCACGACACCGGUUGACAUUUUAAAAUAUUAAUGAUAUGUGAUUUUUUUUUUCCUAUGUUUGUUAUUAUUAUUAUUUUUUUUUCUUUUUGAGGUUAUGUAGCUCCAAUUUUUCACAAUAACAAAUAAUUGUUAUCGGCUGUUUAUUUUCGAUAAAACCCGUACUCGUAAACGCUGAACACGCAUGUCGCGAUGCGACAAUUUUUAAAAGGCUCCGUGGUUAGCAACGGAGUAACAAUAAUUGUUAUUAUUUUCUUCGUCGGUUUACCGGUUAUUGGUUAGCAGCAGCUGUUGGUACACCUUAGGGCCUAUUCCCGUCACUUUUCGUGUUAUCAAUCGGCGUCAGGUUAGAUAGCAGCCAGAAUCUAGGUGUAUUUAUGUUUUAUCUAUUUAUAUAAAUACUCAUUGGCCGGAAUUUUAUUUUCGAUUUUCUAUUGGAUAUGUAUGUGUUGUAGAGUUCACACACUGGAAAUCCCUUGGAUCACGGCAAUAAUGUCCAACGGUGUGACGAUCCAAGGAAAGCACAGACCUACGAAAUCAGUUGCAUGAUUUACGCAUUGCGAUGGUUUUUUUGCUUCGACAAUACCGCAGAGUGUGCAGUGUGCCUCUUGCUAAAGUUCGAGCGCGGAAUAAAUAAUAUGUUGUAAACGUUAAAUAGCGGUUUUAGUAAGGUCGCGCGAAAAACACGUAACGUCCAAACAACCGUCCAAGCGAUUAUCUCGUUUCGGUUUUAAUGGCGCACAAAUAACAGUAGGCACCCGGUAUGCCCUUAAAUCUUAAUCUACGAAUUUCUCUAAUCUAAAAAUGUGCCAGUAUUGCAGUCUCGCCUAUCGGUGAAACGUAACGUGCCGUUUGCACGGUCCGGCGCGAUGGCCGCAAUAGUGUUUUUUGAACAAAACAAUGUAACUACAACAACAAUAUUGUUUGUUGUUUGCGUGUUUUUCGAACGUCUGAAUACAGUCCUAUAGUGCGUCCGGGUUUCUUAAAAACAGAGAAAAACAAAAAAGAAAAGAAAAGAUUUUCGGGAUAAAAUUUAGGACAAUAUUAUCUUAACUCGGAUAUACAUACAAUUUUACUAUGUAUACGUCAUAAAAAUAAUCGCAAUUAAGACUAACAAUGCAGAUUAUCGCCAAAGUAAGGAAUAAUUUAUUAUUCGGGUAUUUCCAUGAAUUGAUUUUUUUUUUUGUGAUACACAUUUUAUAGAUUUCUGCAGGUCAAAGAAUGACGUCCAUAUUGGUAUGUCCUAUGCAUACAUAUUACAUAUUUAUGUGUUUACGUUUUUAAUAUGGACGUCAUUGUUAUUUACUAACAACACUUUUAGAUUCUUUAAGACUUCUUUUGUUGUAGUAAGGAAGCUUAUUUUGUUUUACCAGAUGGUUUUUUUUUCUAUGAAAAAUAAUUUCGAUUAGUAAAAAUAUUAUUUCAGCCCGAUAUUAAACUUUUGAAAUUUUCAACCGUUGCCCCUCUAGGUUUUUAAUUUUUUGUCUUUUCUGCAGUUAGUAAAAAUAUUCCAAAUUAUUCGCACUGCAGGUAUUUUAAAAGAUAUGGAAUUUUCGCUUGAACAUUCUUAAUUUUCUAUGAAAUUUGAAAACUGAUAACAAAUACCUUGGUUUUAUUUCUGUACUACUUCUGUUACAAGGGAUAAAAACUACAAAUAAAACUCUUCUCAGAAUCUUUUUUUUAAUUGUUUUGUCAUAUGUUGAUUUCAGUAGAUAUAUUAAAUUAAUUCUUAUUAAUUCUAUACAUUUCAAACCUCUAAUCCAUUACAGGGGCUUACAAAUAGUGUAAAGGACGUCCAGCUUUUUGAAAUUUAAAUUGCAUAUAAGCUAUAAAUUGAAUAACAGUUUUAUAACUCAUCUGUUAACUUGUUUAUCUAGGUGUAUAAGUAUUUACAGUGUUUUUUAAAAUACCAUUUAUUAAAAAUGAUAACAAAAAUUAAGGAUAGGUGCCUACAUUGAUAUAAUGACUAUUUAAAAUAAUUGGUACCUACCUACUAGUCUCUUAUCUUUGAUUAGAUAACUUAAGUUUUUAAUGAAUAAGUAUACUUAACAUAUAGUAAAACACUUUUAAAAAAAAUUAGAAUUUUAAUAAUAUGCUAUGCAGCAAGCCAACAAUUUUUCAUGGGAAAUAAGUUAACAUAAAAAAAUUGGAUUGUUGAUAAAGUUAUCAACAAUACAAAAAUGAUAAAAUAAUUUUUUUAGAGGCCAGAACAUGCACAGGUACAAUGAUUUAUGUAGGUAUGCUAAUGUUGUUUAUCUAGGAGUUUGCUAUUGUCGGUAAAAUUAAAUAUAACAGAGAAUGCUAAUUUGUAAAAUAAUAGUUUGUUGACAUAUAAUUAGCAUAAUUCUUCUUGCUUCUCGAUAGGCAGAUAACUAUAUAAUAUUAAACUAUGUUUAUAGCACUAAACUAAUACUGAUUAUUUAAUUAUAGAUUCUAAAUUUAGGUAUCUAGUGUCUGUUACCGAUUUUAAUUGAAUUUUUAUAAUCCUUGGUUAUUAAAAAGGAUAGUUUAAUUUACUUGUAACAUGUUUUAUAUUUAUAAUAUAUUCAGUACCUAAUCUAAGUUUACAUAAUAUUUUAUAUUGAUUUUAAAUAUUAUUUAAUAUAUUAUAUAUCAUCAUGUAGUACAAACUACAUAAGCAAGUAUUCUUAAUGGUUAGAAUUAACAUUUUUUAGGGGUGGGUGCCACGGCUACUGUACAUUGUGCAUACUGUAAACCUCGAAAUGAAAAAUGUGCUAUCAAGAAAAUAAAUUUAGAAAAAUGGAACACCAGCAUGGAUGAAUUAACUGUAAUUAUACAUAUAAUUAUUUUUUUUUAAAUGAUUAAUAUAAAUAUAGCAUUUAUUUUUUAUUUUUAUUAUGUAGAAAGAAAUUCAAGCCAUGUCAUGGUGUCAGCAUGAAAAUGUUGUUACUUAUCAUACUAGUUUUGUAGUUGGUGAUGAGUUAUGGUUAGUAUUACGUUUGCUAGAAGGGGGAUCAUUACUCGAUAUACUAAAACAUAAAAUGCGCACAAGUGAUUGUCGUCAUGGUGUUCUUGAUGAAGCUACCAUUGCAACUGUUUUAAGAGAAGUGUUAAAGGGAUUGGAAUAUUUCCAUUCCAAUAGUCAAAUUCAUAGGUAAUUCAAUUAAGCUUAUAUACAGGGUGUAUUACAGUGAUCAUUAAUUUAUAUUUUGAUUUGUAAUUGUUUCACUCCUGUGCAAUAACUGGAAAUGUAAAACCUUUUUUUUUAAUGGUUUUGGUAAACUCAUAUUAGCUAUUGUUAGGUUAGUAUAUUGUUUUUCAGAAAAAAAAUUAGUGCGUAAUUCUUUUUUGUGGUUUUAAAUUUCAUUUUUAUUUUCCAUAACCAAAACCAUGAAAGAAUUUGCACUAAAUAAUAAUAUUUUCUAAAAAUCUACUUAAUAAAUGGCUAUUUUUAAUUUUUAAAGAACUGAAGAAACAAAAUUUUUUUUAUAUUGUAUUUUUUUAAUGUAUAUAUUUAUCUUACUAAUUUUGUUUUUAUAUUUUAUAGAGACAUUAAGGCUGGUAACAUUCUUUUGGGUGAAGAUGGAACAGUUCAAAUAGCUGAUUUUGGAGUGAGUGCAUGGUUAACAACUGGAUAUGAUACAAAUCGCCAAAAGGUUCGACAUACAUUUGUUGGAACACCUUGCUGGAUGGCGCCGGAAGUCAUGGAACAGGUACACACGGUAAAAGCAAAACAUUUAACUAAAAUUAAUGCGAUCGGUGAACACCGACUGCUAAGCUCGAAACCCUAAACCGUCCAUCCAAAAAAUACAUUAGGAUCAUGGAUAUGACUUCAAAGCAGACAUAUGGUCAUUGGGAAUCACAGCCAUUGAGUUAGCUACUGGAACAGCUCCAUAUCACAAAUAUCCACCCAUGAAGGUUCUUAUGUUGACUCUUCAAAAUGAUCCACCAUCAUUAGAUACUGGAGCUGAUACGAAAGACCAGUAUAAAGCUUAUGGUAAAACUUUUCGAAAGCUUAUUACUGAUUGUUUGCAAAAAGAUCCUACUAAAAGGUUAUUAAAAAAAAAUACAAAUUAUUACUGUCAUACUAAAUAUUAAACUAUGUUUUUUAUUUUAGGCCUACAGCAACAGAACUUCUGAAACACCCAAUUUUUAAGAAAGCUAAAGAUAAAAAAUACCUUCAGUCUACUUUAAUUGCUAUUGGUCCAAGUUUAGAAACCAGAGUACAAAAGGUAGUCAUUUUUAAAAUUUAUAUAAAAAUACUGUAUGGAUUGCAAUGAUUAUUUUAUUAAAAAUGUUUCUAUCCAGGCAUCCAAAAGACAGCCAGGUACAUCUGGCAGAUUGCAUAGGACAAUAACUGGUGAGUGGACAUGGUCAUCUGAAGAAGAAGUUUCUGAACAGUCAUCAGAUGAUGAAGUAAAUUUAUUAAAUUUUUACCUACUAUUAUAACCAACUUCUUCCCCUUAUUUCACUACUUGAUUCUUCUUAAAAAAAAAAAAAAAUGCAUAUAUUUUUGUUGAAUGUUUAAUGUAUUAUUUGUAUUGGGAUGCAAUAGCUUAUCUUAAUUUUAUGAAUAAUUAAACUAUGAAUGGUACAAAAUAGAAUUCUGAAUAUUGUAAUUAUUAUUUAUAAUUUGUAUAAAAUUAUACAUUUUUUUUUAUUAAUAACCCCUUAAUGUGUAAUUAUUUUAGUGUCAGGAAAAACCAUUAAAUAAAUUAAUGGAAGUCCCACAGUCAUCUGAUAGUGAACAAGAAAGCGGUGAUGAACAUCUAAAUCUUGUGCUGCGAAUGAGGUUUGUCAUAUUGUAUUUAUUUUUAACAAUUAAAUAUAAUUUUUAGUAAAUAAUCAAAGUCCAUAAUCAAUAUUCAUACCAAGAUGACGAUGUCAAUAUAAAACUAAGGGGAAAAAUGGAUCAUACAGAAAUAAUUCUCUAUAAGACAUUUUUCAAAGAUUUGUUUUUAAUUACUUCUCAGAAGUUUUUAUACAUAAAACAUUUGAACUUUUUUUAACCUAGUUAUUACAAAUUCAAUAACUAUCUAACUUCUCAACAUUUCACCAGAUAGAAAUAGUAAUCAUAAUAAUUAUAUAACCAAUUUAAUAAAAGUUUUAUAUGUGAAUUUUGAUUAUAUGUUGAAAUUACUUUUUGAACUAGUAAAUCAAAAUAUUUAUGUAUAUUUAUUUGCAUAUCUAUUCAAUUGCCAAAUCUAAAUUUAAUUUUUAAAUAAACAUGACUUUAACUGCUGUUUGAUGUCAUAUUAUGUAAAUAUAAUUAUAUAUUAUUUUUGUUAGAAAUCAUAACCGCGAACUUAAUGAUAUUCGAUUCGAGUUCUUAUUGGGAAACGACACUCCUGAUGGUAUUGCUACUGAACUAGUGGGAGCUGGAUUAGUAGAUGGCAGAGAUGCGAAUGUAAUAGCAAUGAAUUUACGGGUACUGAUUGGAAAUCAAUCUCGUGAUAGACCAGUCACAUUUUCUCUUGUAAGUAUGCAAAUAUAUUUAAGGUAUUAAAAAUUAUUAAGGUAUUAAAUUAUUUUUAUCUCUUAGGUUUCUGGCUGUAGCAGUGAUGAAACACCAGAUGAGAAGAUGCUUGUUGGUUAUGCUCAGUUAUCUUAUGCUGACUAAAUGCACAAGUUACUGAAACGAUUUAAAUACAUCUUUUGUGCCACUAGAACAUUUAACUCUGUAUGUCUAAAAUAAAAUUGUGUGUAUAUAUAUAUAUAUAUUUUUUUUAAAUAAUAUAUUUAUUUAUUUUUGUACAUAAAAUCUUAGUUCAUAUUUUGAAUAAAGAUGUAUGCUUUAGCAACAACAAGCUUGUGUUUAGUAAACUAUGUUCCAGUGUACCACAUUUUUAUAGUCGUUACUUAAUUACAAAUAAAAUUGUUUCAUUAUUA